UGAGUCAGAUGGGGCUGAGUGGGAGGCGUUUGGACCAAGGUGAACCUCUGUCCCUCCCUCCUCCUCGCCUAUAACUCUUCCUCAAAGCGACCAUGCUUGCUCUCAUGCUUGCGGAUGAUACAUGAGGGACAGCAGUGAGGCAGCGGGGCAUGGGUAUGGAUGCACACAGGGAGACUAUGUUGCGUAGACAGUGGCUCAGGACCAGAAGACGUGUCGCGGAAAGUAGUUUGUUGGUGGCUGUUGGAGUUUCGUGGCGCUGCGGUGUUCAUUGUUGGUGCUGAAGGUCAGUGCUGUCAUAUAUUCACCCGUAUACUUCCGCUAGUUGAGUGCACAACGGCAGUGUACGGCAGGCGAGGUGGAGGGAGGCUGGGAACAAGACGUCUGUGAUACCUGUUGAUACUAUGUGAGUACGCCCCCCCCCUGCCUCGGCGUCACGUGCAGGAUGAAGGAGGCCCGAGCCGCUCCCCCCCCCGGCGUGGGCAACGGCCGCACGGGGCCUCGCGGCUCCGUCGCCUCCCUCAGCUCCCUCGGGGGAAGCUCCCACGACGAGCUCUUCCGCUCCCCCAGGCACGCGGAGGCGGCGCUGCGGCGCAUGGAGGCCUACUAUGCGCGGGGCCAGCUGUGUGACGUCACGCUCGUGGCUGGAUCCCGCCGGAUCAGAGCCCACCGUCUUGUGCUUAGUGCUGCCAGUGAUUAUUUUGCUGCCAUGUUUACCUCACCUGUCCUGGAGGCAACGCAGGAAGAGGUGGUAAUGAGAGACAUGGAUUCUGAUGCUCUUCAGACCCUUAUCAACUACUGUUAUACAGGAACAUUGGAACUUCAUGAGGACACAGUGGAAGUAGUUCUGUCAACAGCCCAUCAUUUACUUUUAACUGAGGUAGUAGAUGUGUGCUGUGACUUCCUCACCAAACAACUCCAUCCAGCAAAUUGCCUUGGAAUACAGCUGUUUGCAGACACUCAGGGAUGCUCAGAGCUGCACCGAAUUGCUUCUACAUACACUGCUGAACAUUUCCAAGAAGUUACACAACACCAAGAGUUCCUGCAGUUGCCCACUGAAGAGGCAGCAAGACUUCUGGCCUCUGACGACCUCAAUGUUCCCUCUGAAGAAUUGAUUUUCCAGGCACUUGUGACUUGGCUGAAGUACGACUUAGAGAACCGUUCAAAAGACAUGGCCCGUCUUUUGGGGCUUGUAAAGUUGCCGCUUCUCUCACCUCAGUUCCUGGCAGACCACAUAGAGACCAAUUUGCUUUUUAAAGAAGACCGUGAAUGCCAAGACCUGAUUGUAGAGGCCCUCAAGUACCACCUGCUGCCUGAAAGAAGAUCCACGCUCCAGUCGCCCCGCACCAAGCCACGGAAAUCCACCGUUGGGGACCUUUAUGUUAUUGGGGGCAUGGACUCCAAUAAGGGUGGGUGGAGAGGAAGUUCUACAGGCAUUGAGAAGUACAACCUCCGAACAAAUACAUGGAACACAGUAGGAACUAUGACGGGCAGGAGGCUGCAGUUCGGAGUAGCUGUUCUGGAUGGGAAGUUGCAUGUUGUUGGAGGGAGAGAUGGCUUCAAGACCCUGAAUACCGUUGAAUGCUACGACCCAACAACAAAUGUCUGGACACAGCUGCCUCCCAUGUCCACUCAUAGGCAUGGCUUAGGAGUGGGUGUUCUUGAGGGACCUUUAUAUGCUGUUGGAGGACAUGAUGGAUGGAGUUACCUGAACACUGUUGAACGUUGGGAUCCCCAAGCAAGACAGUGGAGUUAUGUUGCACCCAUGUCGACUGCCAGAUCCACUGUUGGGGUGGCUGUAUUAAAUGGAAGACUCUAUGCAGUAGGAGGAAGAGACGGAUCAUCUUGUUUAAGGACGGUAGAAUGCUAUGAUCCCCACACAAACAAGUGGACUCCAUGUGCUCCGAUGGCCAGGAGAAGAGGCGGUGUUGGGGUGGGAGUAGUGAAUGGAUUCCUCUAUGCUGUGGGAGGGCAUGAUGCUCCUGCUUCAAACCCAUGUGCUUCCAGAUUUGACUGUGUUGAAAGAUAUGAUCCUGCUACUGAUACAUGGACACAGGUUGCAUGUCUAAGUUUAGGCUGUGAUAGUGCAGGAGUGAGUCUGCUGGGUGACCGUCUGUUUUGCGUUGGAGGUUAUGAUGGACAAACCUAUCUCAAUCUUGUGCACGCUUAUGACCCUCAAACCAAUGAGUGGACACAGAUGGCUCCACUGCCCACAGGACGCGCUGGGGCUUGUGUUGUAGUCGUCAAGAACACUCACUGACCCAGGUUUUCCUAUACUGGAGUCUAGAGCUACUUGUGUUAGUGGGUACUUCCAUUAAUGGGUACUACAGGGUACUCAAAUGGAAAACUGCAUAAGACACCAAACAUUAGAGAUAUUUUGGAUAUGAAUCUGUAUUUGUGUCUUUGCAAUAUUUGAUAGAUUUUUUGAAAUGUUUUAUGCAUUUUGAAAGAGGCUUUAUGAUGAUGAGACUUUUUUUGCAUUUAUUAUACUGUUCUAUCAAAUUUUGAAAAGAUUAUUUUAUAGAAUAUAGCAGUAUAACUGAAGAACAGUCUCGUGCAAUACCACCAGUGAUUUUUAUAUUGAAGUUAUUAAAAACAAGGAAGGAAUCCUGUAGUCUUAUAAUGAUCCAGAUCUCAAGGUGAGAUACAGUUUAAAUUUUUGUUUUAUUAUUUUGACUUUUUUAUUAUUCAUAUUCUUAUAGAUUUUUAUAUAGAGUUUUGUGAUAUGAAAACAAAAUCACUUUUCCAAACCAUCUCAUUUUUUGACACGAUGCUAUUAAACAGAGAUUGAGAUAUCAAUGUGGUCAAGCUACAUUUAACACUCCAGACUGUAUAUAAAGACAUUAUGUUAGCUGUAAAGACUACACAGAAUGAUUCUGUAAGGUUCUACAGAGAUAAUUCUCUGUGUUGAAGUCUUACAGUGUUUGCUUUUUUAAAUAUUCACAGAAAGCAGGUAUUGCCAGGUCGAAAAGCACUAUGGAGUUGGCAGGAAGAAAUGCAUUUAGAUUUUGAAUUUAGUGUGUUGAGUUAAAUAAUUUUUCUAUAGUAAUUCAUCUAUUUUUUUAUUUUAUUAAUUCAUGUGAUUACAAGAUGAAGAAAAUUAGACUGGACUAGGUAAGCAUGUAAACAGGAAAACAAAACAUUUUUUUUUUCCUUUCCCAGUGAGAAUUUGAAAGUUUGAUCUUAAGAGUCAGUCAGUAUUUAAAUGAUUCAUCUUUUUUUCUGAAGAAGCUUUGAGUCUCCUGAAAGUACUCAACGGUAUCUAUCAGGAAUUAGAUGUAAAACCUACAGUAACAAGCCAUGCAUACAUUUAGUGUCCAUUUCUGUAGCAUUUUACACUGUAGAAGUUACUUUGGCAGAUAAGUAUUUUUACAUUAUUACACAGUUCAAAGUUCAUUAAUGGCUCUAGUUUUUAGGAUGUAACUCGCUGAUAUUGCACAUCUUGUUAGCCUCACAGUCAAACCAAUAAAAGAAAUAUUGCAGUUUAUUAGAUAAAGCACUAGUAUGUUGAAACAAACAUAGCAAUUAUUCAUGAAGAGGCUUAAAAUUAUAGUAAGAUAGGGAAGCUGAGGAACAUUGCAUUCCAAGGACAUACCAAGAUGUCAGAAGAAGCAUUGAGCAUUGACUGAACUUUGAAGGUUAAACGUGAUAAUAGCAGGUAGUAUAAAACUUAGAUGAUAGUGUAACUUUGUGAUAUUAAACCCUCCUCCUUUUCUGGAUAUGAAAAUCGCAGUUUGUAAGAUAAGCUGGGACAUUUUGUUCCAAAAGACCAAGGCGUUUGUCGAUUUGUGGAGAGGGGACGAGGACCUUUUUCUCUCUCUUUUAUUGUCCAAAUCCAUUGCUUUUACAAGUUUAUUUUGGAGUUGGUAUGGUAUAUGAAUACCAGAUGCAUCUAAAAAUUUCAGUACAAGGAAAACUGGAUAUUUGCUACUGGCAUUUUUCCCCUCUCCAAAUACGACGUUUAUCUUUGAAAGUGCUCACUUCCACAUAGACAAUCUCACUCUCAAGGAGUAGUUGGCUCUCUGGUGUCCCAGGCAGUGGCACUUACCCUGUGGAAAGCCACCUCCAAAUUGAUUUUUUUUUUUUUUUUUUUUUCUUUUUUUUUACUUUUGUGAUUUGUCAUGGGCUUUUGAUAUGGUAUUUUUGAAUGUUUUUUCUGUUUUAUGCAACUUACUUUUUACCUUCCAAAAGUAAAUCAUUUUUUAGUAAAGUCUUUCACAAUAGAGAAAAGAAACAAAAAUGGACAAAGGCAUAGCAACAACUAAGUGAACAUGGGAUGCAGGGUAGAGAUUGAGGAGACAAAUGUAGUGAUGGUUGCACUUAGAAGUUAAAUGUAAAGGUGGCUGCAUUAACCAGGUGAGAAUAUUGAUCAUGGGAAAGCUUUAAUGUCUUCUGUUGAAAAAGGGAAUUGAUUACUAAAUGUAAGGUGAAAUAAGAGCAAGAAAACAAAUCAGGACUUCAUCAAAUGCUUUUGCAUGAUGCAGGAACUGUCUAUCAUGCAACUGUCUUUUGGUCUUUGUGAGAGGAUUUGUGAAUAGGUGCUAAAUUCAGUGCUUUAUGAUUCAUGUGUUAAUAUGGAAAAUUAUGAGCAAGUUAUAAAGCAUUUAUUAGAGUGAAAUGGAAGGGAAAAUACUAAUUUACUUUAUAAGAUGUAUGAUUAGUUUAUAGAUUCAUUAAGGCAGAAGUGCAACAAGCCAUGGACAAAAGCAGUGGAAGAAUACAUUCAUCAGUAUGAACAGUUAUUGAGUGAUCAAGUUUAAGUAUGUAUUUCUAUCAUUCUAAACAGGAGUAAAAGGUGUUAUAAUGAGGCCAUGUCAAUUUGUAUGUUUUGGCUUAGAUAACAUAGUAAAAAAUAUAGUUUGGGUAAGGCCGAUGUAAGAGCAAAGCUUUAUGGUAUUGUAGAAAAAGAGAUAGUUCAUAUCAAGCGGUGUAUCUGCAUUCUUUCAGGACAAAAUAUGUGCUAAACUAGUUUGGUCUCUUAUUUUGCACUAGGUAAAUGUGCUGUUGAAGGUUAUACAAAUAAUCUGCUACAAUCAUUAUUAAAAACUAAAAAGUAUUUAUGGUUUUGGUAGAUUUUUUUUUUACACUUGGAUUGUUAACACAUGUACUGAAAUAGAGUAAAUGACCGGAUAAAACAGCUUUCAUAUUAAAAAACAAUUAAAGUGUAUAGGUCAAGUCAGAAAUAAAUUGUAAUACAUAUAUUUGAUAUGCUAAAUAAAUUUAGAAGCAAGAGGAUUGAUGUGUCAUGCAAUAUGUAGACACUAUGGUUAACUGUAGAAACUCUGCAUUAUAGUUUUGUAGAAGCUUAUGCAUAGAUAGAAAAAAGUCCUCAGACUCAUGAUAGUUGUUAACGUUUUUUUUAGUAAAGUUCCCAUGUUUGCUGCACUUUUGUAGUUUAGAUAUUAACUGCACUGCCAAGGAUAGAUAUAACACCCCAAGAUAAUUAACCAAAUCUACUAUUGUAAUUAACUAAAUAGCAAAGGCAAAGAAGCUCUAGGAAUUACCUUCAUAGCAUACCAGUGAACAGUGUUGUAACCUCCCAGUGCUCAUCUGGUCAAAUUAGUCAAAGGGUCUUCCUCUGUGAAUUUACUGGGCAUUUUGAAGUUGUCACUUUAAAAUUUAUCUCUGUUGGCUAUUGGGAUUUCAACUUGCUUUAUUAAAUAUUUCAGGUGCUGUUUCAACUUUCUUCUUCUUCUUCUUUUUUUAAAAGAACAGUAAUUAAGUAUUCUUCAUGGAUAGCAUUUAAACUAACAUUUAUUCAGUUGCACAGUGAAAUUAUGUUAAGGAAUGUGAGUUUAAAAGGUGCUACACUUGCAAAGGGUUUGUGCUUUUUUCACUGCUGUAGUUUUCUAAGCCACUUUGUUCUGUAACUCUCAUAGGAAAUUAUGUACAUUUGCUUCCUGAAUGCCAGUAGGAUAUACAUGAUUCAUAAUAUCAAAUAUCAAGAGGGAUGAGAUACUGUGGGUUUUGCUCCUGGUACUUCCAAGAACAGAUGGAUUGUGAUAGAUUUGCAUUUGAUUUUGGUAUGCUGCUGUACAAGGGACCAUUGACAAAGGCUUCAAUACAUGAAGAAGCUCAUGUGCACUAAUGUACUUUCAUUAAGUUUGUCUGGGUAAGUUUACAAACCAGACUGUGUCUACUGCCACCUACUUCCUUACCAUAUGCUCAGAACACUCAUAAUAGUGUCAACUAUGCUGAGAGUCCCUGAAAGUCAUCUUCAGCAUGUUUUAAAUUUUAUAUCACAAGUCUUAGGUCUAGUUCAUGCCAUAUGUGGGCUGGAGAAUAUUCAGCUGCUGUACUAGCAGCUUAUACUUCCAUCCUGUUACAAAAAUCAAAUUUAUUCUUAUGAUAUGGUCAUAAGAAGAAAGGAUGAAUUCCUGAUGUAAGUGAAAGUAUUCUUUGUUUAGUCAAAAUUGGUUAAUGGAAAUGGUCUAAUAGACCUUUGCAUUUUGUUUAACAAAUUUUAGUUAGGUACUUGAAUAUGGUGUAGUUUUUCCCAUGUUCAAAGUAAGUAUAUGGGUUUUAUAAUGCAGAUUCCAAACACCUGACAUAACUGAUUAUGCAUCAGAUUCUACGUUAUAUGUCAGCUAAAUACCAGUAGAAUUAGGAAAGUUCUCACAUAAAAUUUUCAAGUCCUUGUUAUUGGCAGCUAUAAAUAAAAGUAUGUAAUGAUUGUAGAACUUAAGCUCAUGUCCAAUGACCAAUGUAAGUCUUUCACUUUUUGACCUUUAUAACAUAUUCCAUGGGUAGAAUAAGAAAACAUGAAAAAGAUUACAGUAUGCUCUAUUCAACCCAAGAGAUAUCCAUGUAUUCACUGACGUGACUAUGGACAUUGUACAGCUUCAACAAUUCAAUCUGGCAACUCUAUUGGUUUGCUGUUCAAGAUUUUAUUGUAUCUGACAUGCGAUGUAAGGAAGGUACCUGUUCCCCUGAAAAUGCUGUUUUUUUAAGAUUAUAGUAGUCUUGACUGAGGAGCUUCUUUGAUUUGUCAUGAAAUCAACGCAGAAGAAGCCAGUGCUUCAUGAAUAUAUAUUAGUAUGAAAUAGAUUAUUCAGUGUAGUUAAGGGAAUCUUCUAUUUAGUUCAUACUGUAGAUUCAUUAUACUAAAUGUUAGAUUGUUUACUCUCCAUUUGAUCAAAUGUUCUUUGUGAUCAAAUUGAUCAAAGUAACUUUUAAGGAAGACAUAAAUAAUGAAGAUUUCAUGAAUUAUAUAUUGUGUGUCUUUUAAAUUUAUAAUGAAUAUCAUUACAGUGCUUGACACACAUUUUACAGCAUUUGGAGAAAAAGCAAUUUAAUUUUCCAAAAAAAUAUGGAUGGUUUAAAGUUGCAGUUGAGUGGAAUUACUGUUCAAAGCUAUAAAAAGUGUUCUUACUCUCAGCCAAAUGAUGUGCUCCUCAUAGCUUUAUCAAAGAUUCUCUGCUGCACUGUAAAUAUAUAUUUACUAAGAAUUCACAUCCAGCAAACAUAUAAAACUGGUGCACUUUUGUAGGGGUGUGUUUUUUUUAUUGUUUUGAAGGGCUCUUCUCUUCUGACCUGUGGUCCAUUUCUCACUAUACAGGGUAUUUCACAAAUGUCUGAUAAUAUACUGCUCAUAUUUUCUUGGACUGGCUUCAGAUACAAAUUUUACUCUAUUUCUCAUUCAGGUGUCAAUGACAGAAUUGAAAAUGUGAUAUCCCUAUGCUUAAAUGGAAGGCAACAUUUAAUACAGAUCUAAAUGUUUUAUAAGUGUUUGAUAUUUUGUAAAUGUAAAUGUUCUUGUUGCAAAUAGAAGAGAAUUUUUCUUUUCUUUUCUUUCUACUGGCUGAAACAGUAGCAUUCCAGUCAAAGACGUGAUACAGUUAUUUUAUGUAUGCAUGAAAGAAUUUACUGGUUAUUUGCAAAAAACUGUCAAGCCAUUUAUAAAUGGAGAAUAUAUGGCUAGAAAUAUUUUACUGGGUUCUUAAUGAACUGAGAUUCUAAAUUCCACCUGUGUACAGUGUGUGGGUAUGCGUUUUUCAUAUACAUUUUAACAAUGUGUGAAGCUGAAGAUUCCUUGCUAGUAAUAUUUCCAGUCAGCUUUAAGAAGGCAUUAGAUGUAAGUUUUCCAAAGUUCCAAACUCAACCUUCAGUAUUGUAUGUAUAUGUUAAGUAUAUUCCAAUGAAAUCUUCUGAAAUGGUAUGGUAGUUAUCAAUAAUAUACUUAUAAGCUUCAAAAUAUGUCUUAAAAAAAAAGGUCAGAUGAUGCAGUAUUUUGUACAUUUUUAACCUGUGGUUGUGACACCUUCCCAAGUAUAUAUGUGCUGCUUCAGAUUCAAUGUUCAUGUUGAUAGUUGUAUGAUGAUAUGUUUUGACUUUCGUUAUAAUGAUUAAAAUUAUUGAAAGUAAAUGGUACCAGAAUGUAUUCGGUUUUGGAGUUAAUCACAUUUUGUGAUGCCAUGCUACAAUUUUUUUCCAGUAGUUAAACAACUCAAUUAGCAAUUUUGCAUGCAUUAGUUAAUUUUUAUUGUAAUCAUUAUGAUGUCUAUUAUUUUACAUGACAUACCACAGUUGGUCAGUUUUAAUUGGUUUUCUUUUGAUGUAUCUACUGUACUUUCACCAGAAGUACUGCUUUUUUGUUCCUUAAGCAAAGAUAGAUAAUAUAGUGCUUGUUUGCAUUUCUUUUUAAUCAUAAGCUCUCCCCAUGUAGGCCUUAGUUGCUUCAGCACUGACAUUGCAGGAAGCUUUGAAUACAUGAAACAAGGGCAUUUCAGCGGACCUUUAAAGCAGUUUAGGAUACAGCUUUUGUGUUUGUGCUUUUAUGUCUCAGUUGAUAUGUAAACCUUUGUCACAUUAAAUAUAUUGUUUGAUUCCAAAAUUUUAUAAUGAACUGAUCAGUAAUUACAGGUAUAGGUUUCAUGAAAGCAUAUUUUCUUCUGGAAAAUUUAUGUCAAUGUUAUUAUAAUGGUUAAAACAAAUUCCCUUUUUGUAAAUGGUGAGUUCAUCAUUCAAGGAUUUAUCUGCCACUUAUCCAUCAAAUCCCCAUAAAAUUAUCUUUUAUGACGGUUAUUAAGAUCUGGCAUUAAGAUAGUUAUGCUACUUAUGGAUUUUUUGUAUGCAGAAGGCAAAUGGUGAGUUCUUUAGAGAGAAAGUAAAUCUUUGAAACCUGCAUUGGACAAGGCCUAAUUGUAUACAUACUUCCUCUCCACAGUAACCAAGUACAUAGCUUCAAUUAUCAAAAUGAUAAUGAUAUCUAAAGAAUUCUUUAUUUUCCUUCAAAUGCUAGUGUCCUUAUGCUCUGUCAUCAAUUUAAAAAAAGGAAGAAUUAUAAUUUAGAAAUACAUAUAUGAUAUCUGUAAUUUUCGUUAAUUUUAAUCAAAUAUUAAAUUAUAUGCUGUGUAUUUAGCAAUAAUUUUCUAUUCUUUGUAUUCCAUAGAAAAGAAAAAAUAUUUGAGAGAAGUAGAACAUUGGAUUUGGUUCUCUAACUAACGUUUUUAAUUUGGAUAACUAUAGCUGAUGCUACAAGCAUAAAACUUCACUACAAAGGUUUUAGUAAUUUUAAUACUUCUUUCCCUUUUGCAGUGACAUAUUCAAGGUCUGAGUAGGCAUGUUAUUAUUGUAAUAUUUAAAGGAUAAUGUGAAUAGCAUCUCCUAAUUUGUGAAUAUCACAAAUAGGAGUUCAGUGUGAGAACAAUCUAUUUCAUAAAUAAGAUGAUUUUAUUUUUUUUUUUUUGUGAUUGAUAUAGAUUUACUGAAUCUGUGGUAUAAGCAAUACAGUGAUAUAUAUACAUGUAUUUUUUGCAUUGAUCUAUUUUCUCAAUUGUACUCUUAACAUAUAAUUCAGUAGGCCAAAUUACUGUAAGCAUGAUUAUAAAAAAAAAUAAUUACAGUAAAACAGUUUAAUAGAUUUUGCCUGUUGCACAUUCAUUGUUAAUGUUGAAAAUUUAUUGAUAUGGACAAUGUCUUUCAUAACUGUAGUAUCAUGUAAUAACAACAACUACAAAUUGCAGUGUGUGUAAUGCAACCAUCACAACUUAGGCAUCAUGGGGAUGGCUUGUUUAAUAGCUUGUACAACUAUCACUAAGUGCAUUCCCAGCUCUCAGGCUCAGCAAUAAAAUAUGUACCAAGUAU